AUCACACCUAACCACACCCACACUCACACAUACCAAGACAAACAUAGACAAAAAAAUAUUAUACAUUCCAAAAAUAUAUUUAUAUAAAUCUAGAGUUCAGUAGCAGUAAUUAUAAAUUUUAAUAUUUUAUUGCUGUGCCACUAAUCAAACAACCAACGUUAAUAUAUAUUAAAAAAUUGGAUUAUUUUUAUUUUUUUUUUUUGUGUAUUUAAUAUUAAAUAAUAUAAUAAUUCAUUUGUAAUAGUAAUCUUAUUGGUUUUAAAAUAAAACAUAAUUGUGUUUUUUUUUAUUGUAAUUUUUUUUUUAUUGUAAUUCUUUUUUUAUAAAAUUUUUAUAAUACUAUAAAGUUUAAUAAUAUUUAUAAUUAGUUUUAUCCAAAUUAUUAAUCAUAAAAUCUUUUUAUUUUUUUUAUUUUAAAAAUAAAAAUUAAUCAACUUUAUAUCGAAUCUUAUAAAAUGAACAAACGAAUAACAUCUUCACAGAUGUCUUGGAGAGCUUUAUUAUCACACAACUUAAGAGAAAUCAGAAUUACUUUCUGCCAAUCAAACAAAAGCUCAGAAGGUUUAAGAAAUUUUGUUGUAAAUAAUUAUACUGAUUUAAAGAGAUUAAACCCAAAGUUACCAUUACUCAUUCGUGAAGGCCACGGUAUCGAACCAACCAUCUAUGCUCGUUACGAUUGGGGUGAAGAAGAAAAAACAGUUGUUACUAAUUUAUCAGAACAAGAAGUCGAAGAAAAAUUAAAAGAAAUAUGUUUAUUAGGUGAUAAUCAACAAAGAGAACCAAAACGUUUUGAUGAAUUUGAUAUUGUUUCAGCUUAUGAUAAAAAUGUAGUACCUUUAAGACCAUAUUUUUAA